GUAAUCGUUCUUUUACUCUAUCUCUAAUUAUCUCUCUGUCUUUCUCUCUCUCUUGUUCCAUUCCCUUUUGCGACAUCGGGUCUUGUUCAAGGUGUUAAGGUCUUAACCGAACCAUCCCUCAUCGUGACAACAUCGUAUAAGCCACCCAUAUCGAUCCCAACGUCGACGCUCUCCCAUAACCGCACCAAUAUCCCCCGCCGUCAUGGGAGUCGGUUCGUUCCUCGAGCCACUCAUAGUGGUGACUCUCCUCUUUGGGGGCGCAUACUUCAACCGCAACAAGGACUACAGGUUCAGACUCACAAAGUCGAGCUGGCCCAAGGAUGCCGGCCGCAAGCGCUCCGAUGACUUUCAGAAGCGAGACUCGACCGAUAGCCUCAUGAGUGGCUGGAGCGGUUCGCGCUCUCCCAGCAUCGACCCCGACGAGCAGCCUAUACUUCGCCGCCGCAAGUUUCAGGUCUUUGGCUUCAAGCGCAUCGUGUCGACACCGAAUACACUCGUCUUUGAGGACCGUCUGCUGAGCCGUGUCCUGAAAAAGUUUCCCUUCCUCGCUGAGGCUUGGUACUGGUUCCUCAUCUACUUUGUGUACCAAGUCGGUCGCGCCAUUACAGCCUUGACACUCGUCGAGGGCACCGUCAAUGUUGCCCGAAAGCACGCCCUACAGCUCAUCCACCUCGAGCAGAGUCUACACAUCUUCUGGGAGGUGGAUAUCCAGAAGUGGUUCCUCGCGCGUCCUUCUAUCCUCCACUGGAUCAACCGCAUCUACUCUUUCAUCCAUAUCCCCGGCACCAUCUUCUUCCUGGUCAUGCUCUACUACUUCACCACCACUCGCAAGCGCCGUGUCAGUUCCCGCGCCGACAAUGUUAAUGUUUCAGCUGGUCCUGCUCUCUAUGAGGCUCGUCGACGUACUAUGGCCAUGUGCAACCUCAUUGCCUUCAUCAUCUUCACCAGCUGGCCUUGCAUGCCUCCUCGCCUGCUGAGCGAUCCUGACUACAAAGGGGCUGAUGCUGCCGAGGCCAAGAGCUUUGGUUUCGUGGAUUCGGUUCACAGUGGCACUGGUGAGAGCAGCGUAUGGACUACUAACAAGUUCUGCAACCAAUAUGCUGCUAUGCCCUCGCUGCACUUCGGGUACUCUCUUCUCAUCGGUCUCACCAUCGCCACUAUCCCCAUCACUGGCCUCCGUCCCAACUCAUGGAAGAGAAUCGCCAUUGUCGUCAUGGGUCUGUCAUAUCCUACCCUGAUCUUGACCGCCAUCGUCGCGACCGCCAACCACUUCAUCCUCGAUGCUGUAGCCGGCGCCAUUGUCUGCGGAAUCGCCUGGAACUGCAACAGUUUCCUCCUCAACUUUUGCAUCCUUGAGGACUAUUUCCUCUGGCAUCUUCGAAUCCACAAGCCCGUCAACUACACCGAUCCCGAAACGGCUGUCGAGUCUGAGUUUCAAACCGGUCUGUUGGCCCAGGAUGUUUGAGCGUUCAAGAAUCAAAAGAAUGAGCCCAUGUCCCGUUUAUUAAAGAAACGGCUCCCCAUUGAUUUUCACGGUUCAGCGAGCUGUGCAUAUUUGAUUCUGUUUCACAUCAGGCUCUGAUAGGAGUCCUGUUUUACUACGCGCAGAGUUCAAGAAACGCAAGGACGCCUCUGGAAUGGCGAAAAGGCCUUGCCCGGCGACAACGGCGUAUCAAUACCAAUAUUCGGAGUCGAUAAUUCCUGCGACGCCGUAGAUGGGUUAUAGACGAGCUCACGGCGAACAUGUUUACAUACCACAUGACUUAUUGAAUAUGACUAGUAUUCUAGUUUACACGAAUAAUAAUAGCCCCGUAAGGGGACAAUUUCACUUCUUGA